AUGCCUUCGGAACACGGUCACAGACUCUACGUCAAGGGCCGCCACCUGAGCUACCAGCGCGGAAAGCGCAACACAAACCCCAACACAAGUCUGAUCAAGAUUGAGGGUGUGGAUGACCCCAAGGCCGCCAACUUCUACUUGGGCAAGAAGGUCGCUUUCGUCUACCGGGCAAAGAGAGAGGUUCGGGGCACCAAGAUCCGGGUGAUCUGGGGCAAGAUUACUCGGACGCACGGCAACUCCGGCGUCGUCCGAGCACAAUUCCGACACAACCUGCCGCCCAAGUCCUUCGGUGCUACCGUGCGCGUGAUGCUGUACCCUUCCUCGAUUUAA